CCCCGCGCCGCCGCCGCUGCUGCCGCCGCCGCCGCCGCGCCGCGGCUUGAGGGCGGAAGGCUGGGGGAGGGUAGCGGAGCCGGCGCCGCCGCCAUGUUGAGUCUGAGGCGGCUGCUGUAGGCACCGACGGAGCGAGCGGGCGUGCGGAGCCGGGACCGCAGCGUGGGUUGUGCCUCUCUGCGAGCAGCCCAGAGCGGCGGCGGCGCCAUGAGUGGGGGCACCCCUUAUAUCGGCAGCAAGAUCAGCCUUAUCUCCAAGGCGGAGAUCCGCUACGAGGGCAUCCUGUACACCAUCGACACCGAGAACUCUACCGUAGCCCUCGCCAAAGUUCGGUCCUUUGGUACAGAAGACAGACCAACAGAUCGUCCAAUACCACCUCGAGAUGAAGUAUUUGAAUACAUUAUAUUCCGUGGAAGUGAUAUUAAAGACCUCACUGUUUGCGAACCACCAAAACCACAAUGUUCUUUGCCUCAAGACCCAGCUAUUGUUCAGUCUUCACUAGGCUCGUCUACUUCUUCAUUCCAGUCAGUGGGUUCCUAUGGACCUUUUGGCAGGAUGUCGACUUACAGUCAGUUCAGUCCAAGUUCAUUAGUUGGGCAGCAGUUUGGUGCUGUUGGUGUUGCUGGAAGCUCCUUGACAUCCUUUGGAACAGAAACAUCAAACAGUGGUACCUUAUCCCAAAGUAGUGCAGUUGGUUCAGCCUUUACACAGGAUACAAGAUCUGUAAAAACACAGUUAUCUCAAGGUCGUUCAAGCCCUCAGUUAGAUCCUUUGAGAAAAAGUCCUACCAUGGAACAAGCAGUACAGACCGCCUCGGCCCACUUACCUGCUCCGGCACCUGUUGGGAGAAGGAGCCCUGUAUCAACCAGGCCUUUACCAUCUACCAGCCAAAAAGCAAUAGAGAAUCAAGAGCACAGGCGAGCUGAAGUACACAAAGUUUCAAGACCAGAAAAUGAGCAACUCAGAAAUGAUAACAAGAGACAAAUAGUUCCAGGUGCUCCUUCAGCUCCAAGGAGAGGGCGUGGGGGUCAUCGAGGUGGCAGGGGACGAUUUGGUAUUCGGCGAGAUGGUCCUAUGAAAUUUGAGAAAGACUUUGACUUUGAAAGUGCAAAUGCACAAUUUAACAAGGAAGAAAUUGACAGAGAAUUUCAUAAUAAACUUAAAUUGAAAGUAGAAGAUAAACUUGAGAAACAAGAGAAGCCUGUAAAUGGCGAAGAUAAAGGAGACUCAGGAGUAGAUACUCAAAACAGUGAAGGAAAUGCAGAUGAAGAAGAUCCACUUGGACCUAAUUGCUAUUAUGACAAAACUAAAUCCUUCUUUGAUAAUAUUUCUUGUGAUGAUAAUAGAGAACGGAGACCAACCUGGGCUGAAGAAAGAAGAUUAAAUGCUGAAACAUUUGGAAUCCCACUUCGUCCAAACCGUGGCCGUGGGGGGUACAGAGGCAGAGGUCUUGGUUUCCGUGGUGGCCGAGGACGUGGUGGUGGCAGAGGUGGUACCUUCACCACCCCUCGAGGAUUCCGUGGUGGAUUCAGAGGAGGUCGUGGGGGCAGGGAGUUUGCAGAUUUUGAAUAUAGGAAAGACAACAAAGUUGCUGCAUAGUCUACAAACAAGUCUUUGAAAAUAGUUGAAUUUCUAGCCCUUCAAGGUCCUGAGAAUUGGUUUCUGUCUUUACCAAGAAUGAAGAAGUGAAUUCGCUGUAUAUUUGUCACCAGCACUGGGUUUUUGUUUGUCUGUUUGGUUGGUUUUUCUGCUUAAUUUCAAAGAUACAAUGCAGUUAUAUUGGGCAAGGGUGGGGCAGCUCAUCUUUAAAAAUGAGCAUUAAAUAUAUUUGAAAUAGCAGAAGGUUAAGUAAUUUCUUAUGUAUAGUUAAACUAAAGCAGUAAGUACUUCAGCGGAACUUAUAAAAGUAUUUUUUCAUCACUGAAAGGAUUUUUCUUAUCAUUAAAUUGUAUUUGGCAAUUAUUGCAGCUUGCCUGCAGAUAAGGCCGUGAUUCUGUGUUUUGAGCCACAGAAGGUUGUGUGUGUGUGUGUGCGCGCGCGUGUCUUUUUACCUUCCUUUCUUUCUUUUUGAAAACACUGUAACACCCUUUAGUCAAUUAAUUAGGUUGCUGGAAGGUAGAGAAUUUUGUCAGUGAACUAUGUACACACAGUAAAUACUGUUUCUUAGGCAAAGGUAACUUUUUUAUAUAGUUGUAAAAUUCCAUUAUAUUCCAUUGCCAAAGAAACAUUAAGAACUUUGUAUAGCUGUAUAAAAAGCAACUAAUUUUUUAAAGAAUAAACAUUUUAAAGUCAGCAAACAUACUGUGUCCUUGCAGAAGUUGAUGUGCUGAAGAGCAGAGAUAUGGAUGGGUCUUUUUUUCAUAGUUUUCCAGGCUUAAGAUUUUUUAUUUUCAUUUCUUUUUUAAUGUUUGGAACACAAAUGAAGAUUUGAUACAUUCUUUACAUAAAAAGGAUAAAUUACUCAUGCUCAUUGUAAGAACUUUAUAGUAAAUGGCGUAUCACAGGAUUUGUCCAAAUAAUAGAUAUUUUCAGUAUAUGAAUGUAAAUAAUCAUAGAUAAGAAUGUACUUAGCUGUAUUUUCAAAUAAUCCCCCCCCCUUUUUAAAACAAUAAAACUAGGCAUCAAUUAACCUGUCUUUCUGAUAAUGCCUGGAAUUUUGUCUGAUAA